ACGGCCGGCGGCGCGGCCGCCGAGGCGUGGCGGCGCGCGCAGCUCGACCGCGCGACGGGCCGCCGAGCGACGCUCGCCUGCGCGCGGCAGUCGAGUGAGCGCGCCGCGGUUCGAUAGGUGCUGAUCCGCCAGUGCAGGGACUCGCUCGUCGCCCGUCCGCGGGCCCGAGGCAGCAGCAGCAGCGGCGGCGGCGGCGGCGGCGGCUGCGGCAGCGGCGGCAGCGGCGGCAGCGGCGAGGAUGCCGGCGGAGGAGCUGGUGAGCGGCGAGUGGCUGCUGCGCGAGCUGCGCGGCGGCACGGCGAUGCUGGUGCUGGACUGUCGCGCGGCGCAGGAUUACGCCGAGUCGCACGUCCGCGGCUCGGUGGCCCUCGCGAUCCCCAGCAUCAUGCUGCGGCGGCUGGCCGCGGGCAAGGUCGAGCUGCUGUCGACCAUCAAGUGCGCCGAGCUGCGCUCGCGCGUCGAGGCGCUGCUGCGCGCGGAUGGCGGCGCCUUCGUACUGGUGGGCGAUUCCACCGAGCCGCCGGGCCACCAGGGCGAGACUAUUCACGUGCUCGCCAGGAGACUGCGGGCCAGCGGCCGCGUCGCCACUCUCGAAGGUGGAUUCGGCGCGUUCAAGAGCAAGUACCCAGAGUGGUGCGAGGGCAGCGUCAACUGCCAGGAGGGACGCAACCCGAGUAACGACGCCUGCGGCGACGGAGAACUUAUGGGGCUGAGGUCGCUGCGGAUAUCCCUGCCACCCACCAGGGCUUUCUCCGACUCCGACUCCGACAGCACUUGCGACUCUCUUGGACCAGAAGAAGACCGGGAUUUCCCAGUGGAGAUCUUGCCACACCUUUACCUUGGUAACGCGGCCAACAGCGAGGACAGCGAGUCGCUGGCGCGCCACAGGAUCACCUAUAUCCUUAACGUGACGCCCGAUCUGCCCAACGUGUUCGAGGGCGACGGCUCCAUCAAGUACAUGCAGAUACCCAUCAGCGACCACUGGAGCCAGAACCUCGCUGAGCACUUCCCCGAGGCCAUACAGUUCAUCGAGGAGGCGCGCAACGCGGACAAGGGGGUGCUGGUGCACUGCCUGGCUGGGAUCUCGCGGUCGGUGACGGUGACGGUGGCCUACCUGAUGCACAAGUGCAGCUUGAGCCUGAACGACGCCUUCAACCUGGUGCGCAGCCGCAAGGCCAACAUCGCGCCCAACUUCCACUUCAUGCAGCAGCUGCACGUGUUCGAGAGCGAGCUGCGCGAGCAGCGCGCCGCCAAGGCCGACGGCUGCCCGGGCGCCGCCGCGGCCGGGCCCAGCGCCACCAGCUUCCUCAGCCCCACCGACCUGGGCGUCAGCCCCGACUCCGGCAUCGAGUUCGACAGGUGGGCCGCCUCCACGCCGGCCGAAUGAGACGGCCACGGGGGGACCCCGUACCAGUUCUAAGUCUAGCGCGGCUUCUCGGCGUCAAGCGAGCCUCUUUGCCAUGUCAUUGUCCCUGUGUGUCGGUGCGUUUUUCAUGUCGCCUCUCGUCCUCUUGCUGCGCUCGCGCGCACGCGCUCCUGUGCGGAAAAUCGACCUUUUUACGCGCGCUCGGGGAAACGGAGAAAGCAAUUAUCAAUCGAGUAUUAAGUAGCGCGACCGAUCGCCGAGAUUUUCCCAUUAUUUUUAUCUCUUAAGGUCGAUUUGUCGCUGACGCUGACGUCGGCCACAAAGUCGACCUUGAUCGAUGCAAAUAGACCUAGACGAGAACAAUUAAUUGUACGCAUUACGCGGACACUCGGCUGUUCGCGGCGGUGCUUUUACAACCGCUUCCGCUCGGAAGUUCGAUCGUUCGCAGAGCGCGACGUAACCUCCUUCAUUUUAAAUCCUUCUCUCCCCCCCCCCAGCUCGCAAUCGAGUGUCGUCGAUUUUUUUAUUGUAAACAAUGCACACGCGCGCACGCACACACACACACACACACACACACACACACACACACACACACACACACACACACACACACACACCGGGGACGUGCGUCGAGAUGAUCAUCUUGAACUGCGUAUUUUAUAAACAUGUGCAUUGGAUGAGAGAAAUUUUCUACGCAAAAGCGAUGGCUCUUUUUAUUAUUUUUUAUUUAUGCGCGUAGUUAGCUUUAAAGCUCAAGUUGUUAGUGCGAGUUGAUACUUGCCCCGACGUGUACCGCGCACACAAACACGUAUCUGUCCGUCGCCACAAAAGAGGCUUUUUUUAAUUUUAUUGCAACGCGUACUGUAGAUUGCGAAGAAACGAUAUUACGAGAUUUGAGAAAGCGACUGAUUCCAGUCUCGUCACACAAGUCUACAUUCUCUUUGUAAGUUUUAAUUUACUCGAGCGAGCUUUUUCUUUCGUCUUCCUUUUGUAUUUCGAUAAGCAAAGAAAACAAGUACAACAUUAUUAUACAUUUAAAUUUUUGAGAGAUUUUGUUUUCGGUUGUUAGUUGAUGUUUGUGUGUGUGAGUGAGUGAGUGAGUGAGCUCGCGAGAGUAAAGUGCCACUACCUGCGCAUAUAUGUAUAAUCAAAGAAUAGUCCGAGAGAUUCUGAGCCUGCAAUGAGAUGUCUCAUUGGAAUCAUCGGUAUGCAUAUUUUUAUUGAGCGAUGCGUUAUAUUAAUAUUAAUAUUCUGUAUUACAUGCGCAUUGCAAAAGAGAACUCGAAAAGGCAUUGCAAUAAUAGUUACGUUAUGCAUCAAAUUAUAUUAAGGAGAGAGUACAUACGACUGUGAGUGUGUCCGUAAAUGAGUUAUCGACAGGAAUGGAAAGAGAGUGAAAUCGCGCAAAUUCAGCUCCCCGAGGUUGACGUUACACUUGUUUUAACGCGCGAGAUAAAUUGACGAGCGCCAGAAAAAAAGAAUGACUGCGACACGGGCAUGUGUAGAACGAACUGCGCGCCAAUUAGUAUAAUCAAUCAAUAAUUACAUUGCGUAUAUUAAGCGUGUUUGCUAACAUUUAGUUUCCGCGACAAACAAACAAUAUAAUAAAAAUGUAAUCUCGCUCCGAUUAGAGGAAAACGAUCGAGUAGUCCGUAACGAGUACUGUUCUUGUCUCUGAGGCAUUCCUUCUUCAACUUGAUUUUCACUUUCGCGCUUUCGUGGUUGUCUCUUUUUUCUUUCGCAGCUUUUUUCGCACGAAAUGUUCCGCGAGCAAUUAGCCACGUAUUUAAUACCACGAUGAAGCAGACACAAUAUAUAUUAUAUGAACAUUUCCAGAAAAAAAUGAUAAUAAAAAAAACUCGUUUGUACGUUCACGCGAGGUCUAUUCCAAAAUUUUUCCACGACUUUUUGAAAAAGAACCUUUCCACAACUGAUGUAAAAGGUGUGCAAAAACUUUUGUAGACGCGACACGACAAUUAUUAUACAUUUUCUCCACGAAUGGUGAUAUGAUAUUGAGCUCUAAUUCUACGUAUCUAUCUAGCGUUUGAAUAUUAUUAAAAGAACGCUGAAAGAAAUUGUAUAUCGGUCUCCCUCUUUUUUACUCUCAUAUAUUGAUGAUAUAUAUUAUAUAACGCGAAAUGAACCUCUACAACAAAUAGACGUAUAAAAAAAGGAAAGUGUGUCCAAAUUUUAGGUAUAACAAAAGCCAAAAAGUUUUAUUUUUCUACGUGAAAAUAUAACAAAAAAUUAUGAAAAAAAAAGUGGUAACUGAACGUCUUCACAUGGCAUUUGUUGAUGUAGUGGAAGAAAGUGAUGAAAAAAUGUCUAUUUUUUUUAUAAUUUACUACCGAAUGUUUUCGUUGUUAACUAUGGUCGUCGACGAAUAUAUUUCUAAUCGCACACAGUCUUCUGAACAAAAAAAUGUGUUAAAACCGAUGUACCUUGUAAUGAAUUAGACACUCUCUCUCUCUCAUAUGUAUUUAUAACUACGUAAAAAUCGUUUAGUCAAUACACAUAUGGUAUAUAAAAGAUGCAAAAAAACUGUCCUAUUUUGUCUCGCAGAUAUUUUUAUAAAAAUAAAAUAAAAUAGAACACAGACCCACACACACACCUUAAAAAACUGUAAGUGAAGCUAGAAAAGAAGUCGCCUUCAGGACAUUCAAAGAAUUUUGGUGAAAAAACCAUGAAGCAUUGUUGCAGAAAAAUUAUGAACUCUGGAAAUAAACAGGUAACCAUAAGUUACACAUGUAUACCAUUCUCAGUGUACUGUGUAUAUAUUAUUCAAAAAGAAAGAAUAAUUAACAUAAUAAGUGCGUAAAGUAAAAUUACGCCAGAUAUAAGAAAAAAAAAUUAUAAAUAUAUAUCCAAAAUACAGCCCCUAUCUAUUUGUUAGUCUUUCCUGAUUGAAAAAUAACAUUGUCAGCUGUAAAUAAGUCAAAAUAUAAUAUUCUGUCACAUAUCAGU